GCCUGGGGUUGAAAAAUAACACGGUAGAGUACGUGAAUUUCACUUUUUGAACUGAACUACUUAGAACAAAUGCAAAUAUAACCCAGUUGCGCUAUUACAACAGCAAAUAAUAAUAAUAUUGUAAAGAAACAAUCGGCAAGUGUAUAAGAAAAAAGGAAAGGCUCUUAUUUGAAAUAAAGUGACGGUGGGGGCUGCGUGAGGGUGAGGGUCGGAGGGGGGGGGGAGUGCGCGUCACGUGUGGGCGUGGUUUAUCUGGCGGAAUAAUGCGCCGCUAAGCCACACAGGAGCUCCAGUAUGACCAAAGAGAGCCAAGCGGACGAUGGAAAGCAUUCAGGUAUUCCUGUACGCCUUCCUCGUGUCUCACUACUUGUGGAACGUCGUUUUCAUCUUGUGGCUCUUCGUGAGCGGGACCCCCACGGAGCUCAGCAACUAUGGCUUGCCUCGUUGAAGUUGGCGAGGACGAGCGCAGAGACGCGCGUCCGAGGCUUUAUUAUGGUCUCUUGUGAAAUUCCUGCGCUUCCUCUUCUGCGAGCCCAAGCAGGAUUUCCGCAGGAUAUCUUUCACAUAACGCUCCAGCCUGAAAAUGCAUCAAGUUUGGUAAUCAUGGAGAAAGGUGUCGUUUGAACGGUGCGUGCUCAACGGCGUAUACCUUACACUUACUAUUUUUUUCCCUUGUGCAUGCUUACCUUUUUUUGUGACUCGGUAGUCAAUCAAUAAGGUGCAAGUGAAGUUUUCCCACAAUUCAGCCAUGGCUUUACCAGAUAGUGGCAUGUCCGCGGAGGAAGUUCCCUUCCCGGAGAUCGUCGAGCUGAAUGUUGGAGGUCAGGUGUACAUAACCCGCUACUCCACGCUCACGAGUGUGCCCGACUCUCUUUUGUGGGAGAUGUUCAGCCGCAAGUCGGCCAAAGGACUGGCCAGGGACACCAAAGGGCGUUUCUUUGUGGAUCGGGACGGCUUCCUUUUCCGCUACAUCCUGGACUACAUGCGGGACCAGCAUCUGGUCCUUCCGGACCACUUUCCCGAGCGCGGGCGGCUGCAGCGAGAGGCCGAGUUCUUCAAACUGCCGGAGCUCGUCAAGCAACUGGCUCCCAAAAUCAGCAAGCAGAACUCUUUGGGAGAUGACGGCUGUCAGAGCGACCCGGAGGAUUCCUCGCCCGGGGCGGACUCCGCCCGGAAUCUGGGGUCGCUCGCCGCGGCCUGCGCCAGCCUCGUGCCCGGCUCGACAGAUGGGAAAAAAUCCGGCUUCGUCACCAUUGGCUACCGCGGCUCGUACACCCUCGGCCGCGACAGCCACACCGAUGCCAAAUUCCGUCGGGUGGCCCGGAUCAUGGUCUGCGGGAAGACAUCCCUGGCCAAAGAGGUCUUCGGGGAGACCCUGAACGAGAGCCGCGACCCGGAUCGCCCGCCGGAGCGCUACACGUCCCGCUACUAUCUCAAGUUCACCUUCCUGGAGCAGGCCUUCGACAAGCUGGCCGACGCCGGCUUCCACAUGGUGGCCUGUAACUCCACGGGAACCUGCGCCUUUGCCCACGAGCAGACGGACGACAAGAUCUGGACCAGCUACACUGAAUAUGUGUUCUACCGUGAGUGACGCAAUUGAACUACCCCCCCCCCCAACCCCCACCUAUCCGCAAGUGUCCACUUUCUCUAGUAGAUGUACUGUAGAUGUUCAACCCUGGGCUCCACGCAAUUCCUCCCAUGAACGCAACCCACUCGUGACUCUUUGCACCUUGUCCCUUGCCACCCCCUGAGCUCCCCACCCCAACCUCCCUGUUUAGUUGUUCACUGCAGGAAAUGGACCUUCCCUGUCCAACUACUUGUCAUAUUUCAUCUCCCCCCAGUGAAGCACAACUGUUUCUAUGAGCUGACUUUGUUCAAUCGGUCACAAGCCUCGUCAGGGUGCUUCGAAAAAGGGCUUCAAAAGAGCGGCCAUUGUGUACUGUCUGGCUUUCCUGCCCCUGUCUCAACUAGGUCCCGCUCCUCUGAACUAAAUCACCGCUGUAAUUGGACUUCUUAUGAGCCUCGAGGGGGACGUUGAGCGCUAAAAGAAGCUACGUGUCCUGCGAUUUUAUGUCCUGUAUCAUACGACUGGGAUGGUGUGUCUGCGCCACUUUCAGUUCUUACUUUCAGAGACAAUGCAGUCACAUGUUGAAAAGUAAUGGAAGGCAGAACAAAGAGACACAUUCUGGACAGAACAAAAAGGGUCUUACUGUGGUGUGUAUAUUGAUUGUGCAAUGAAGCUUUUAGUAGCUUAAUCACCCACGCUGGGCGGGCACAGGACACGAGGGGGAAGGGGGUUACAUCACGCUGCUUAAUAUUUGUAGUUGUGGUGACAUCCUGGCGCAUGACAGCAACCUCGCCUGCGUGUUUGGCAGCCAUCUCGGUGAAUGUCGCUGUGGUUUCAUGUCAGUAUUGUUUGAAGCUGUCGUUUAGUUGGAGUAAAUCGCGAAAUCGAAACGGUUAAAUGAAGAUGUAUGGUCGGCCCCAAAUCCGAUGAUUUCUCUCCGCUGUAGCUACGGCACUGAUCAAGAAAGGUCUGCACGUCGAAAUCCAAUAGCAGCAGCAACAUUUGACAACACACAAUUUGGAAAACAGUUUAAGCACAUAUGCUGUUAUCAGCAUUUCGUAUGAGAAAUUUUUAAGUGGGAGUCUUCGGGGCCUUUUUGUCUGACAUUUGUCGUGAAACGUGUGACGAAACAUCCGCGUCGGAAUGUUGGACCCGCCGGCUAAGACGGCGCUGAAAUGAAGUGUUGCUCUCAUAUUUGUCAAAUAAAGGAUGUUCUUUCUACUUCAUCUGCACUUUGGAUCCUACGCGUUGUCUCAUAGUCAGCAGUGACCCACAUCCAACUCAAGCGGGAGGACAUUUUGUGAUUUGGUUAUCAAAGUAAACCAAUUAAAGAUAGCCCUGAAAUCCAUCAUCCAUUUUCUUGUGUGCUUGUCCGGGGGCCGACCCCGAGUGACUCUAGGCGGCCGGCGGGGUGCGCCCAGGAUUGGUCGACAGAUAAUUGCAGACCACUUUUAGACAAACAACCAAUCAUGCUCAAAUUCACACCUCCAGACAAGUUAAUGUCUUGAAGUAAUCUGAUGCGCCUUUGGACACCAUCUUAAUCUGAUCCAAGCAGGACCAAGCGAA